GUUGAUAUACUCAAAGCUCUUGGUGCAGAAAUUAUUCGUACACCAACUGAGGCGGCAUGGGAUUCACCAGAAUCACAUAUCGGGGUUGCUAAACGGCUCAAUAAAGAAAUUCCAAAUUCGAUUAUUUUGGAUCAAUACUCAAAUCCAUAUAAUCCUAUCGCUCAUUAUGAUCAUACUGCGGAAGAAAUUUUGAAAUCAUGUGAUGGAAAGAUAGAUAUGUUUGUUGCGGGUGCAGGUACUGGUGGAACUAUUACCUGUGUUGCUAGAAAAUUAAAAGAAAAGUGUCCAGGGGUUAAGAUUGUUGGGGUGGAUCCGGUUGGAUCACUUCUUGCUGAGAAAGCGAAAGGUGUUGAUACCCCUAUUUUACCGUACUUGGUUGAAGGUAUUGGCUAUGACUUUAUUCCUGAGGCACUUGAUCACAGCGUGAUUGAUGAAUGGGUAAAGACAGGUGAUAAGGAAUCUUUUAUAAUGGCCCGUCGUCUAAUUCGUGAAGAAGGACUCUUGUGUGGUGGUUCAUCCGGUGCAGUGAUGUGGGGUGCGAUUCAAGCAGCAAAGUCACUGAAAAAAGGUCAACG